AUGCUAAUUAGAAAGUCCACCAUAGCAGAAGAAGCCGGAGGACAAAUGAAGCCAAAGUUUCAGAAAACUGAGUCCUACAAGCAGUUGGCUUAUGAACUGGAGACUAUUCAGCUCAAGUGGAAUACACUUUUUUUUUUUUUUUUUUUUAAGAUUAAUGCUACUGAUGACAAAUACAAGAUUCUUAGUGUUCCUGAAAAGACAGAAUUGCACAUCCAAAACCUGCAUAUCAAGAACGACCAAGAUAGCUAUAUUUGUGAAGGAAGCAAUGAGAUUUCUGCUGCCAAUGCCACAAUAGUCCUACGUGUUCGUAGUCGACUUGCUGCUCUUUGGCCUUUCUUGGGCAUUGUGGCUGAGGUCAUCGUCUUGGUUACAGUUAUCUUCAUUUAUGAAAAGAGAAGAAAGCCUGAUGAAGUUCUUGAUGAUGAUGAUGCUGGAGCAACUCCUUUGUAA